GGCUAGGGCAUUCGAUUCUUCGGCUUGUUACGCGGGAAGCAGAGUUCCAAAAUGGAUGGAAUAUAAACACGAGACAGAGGCUUCCAAUGCUAUCGAAUUCAUUUGCAAUCUCAAACGAUCACCAACCAUCUUGUGUUGCUGCGUUGUUCCUCCUCAUCCUCGCUUACCUUACGUGGAGCGGGCCUACUGUUAUGUCUCUUAUGAUGAUAACAACAAAUUUCGCAGUUCAAUCGUAAAAUGAAGUCGGCUCAUGUUUACAUAUGGUACUUGAAAUCGCAAAGGGCUUUGCUUAGUGGUAGAACAGGUGAUGUUGCCAAGAUUUCAUGUGAAUUCUGCGUGGACUAUCGCAAUGAUGAUUUUUUUAACGGAGAGGUAGCAGUUCCAAUGAAAGCAUGUGGAGUGCACGUGACAUAUAACUCACAGUCGGACUCGGAUGAAGAACGGCUCCCUCCAACAAAGAAACAGAAAAAUGAAGGCAGGAGCAAACAAAAUGAAUCCAACAAAUCUGACGAUGACAUCAUCUGUCACCCCUUGCAACUGAAAUUUAUAGGCAGGAGCAAACAAAAGCACCUCCCAUACAUACAGUUUCUUUGAUAUAUCUUUACAGGUAUCUCUCCCUUCCUUGCUUUUUUAAUUACAA